AUGCCUGAUGGGCUCACCAAGACACAGCUCGAGGCUAUCAGCAGCAUUGAGAGGGCCUGCUCGGCCGUAUCGCUUGUGGGAUCCAUCUUCGUCAUUGUCACCUUCUGCAUGUCCAGAAGCUUUCACAAGCCUGUCAACCGCCUUGUGUUUUACGCCAGUUUUGGCAACAUGUUGACCAAUGUCGGCACUCUCAUGUCGCGCACAUAUACGACAUCGCCAAACUCAGUGGGCUGCCAGUUCCAGGCUUUUUUGAUUCAAAUGUUCAUGCCCGCAGAUGCCUUCUGGACUCUAGCCAUGGCAAUCAACGUUUACCUCACUUUCUACUACAGAUUUGAUGCCCAACGUCUUCGCAGAAUGGAAAUCCCCUACAUGAUUGUUUGCUAUGGCGUCCCCUUAAUCCCAGCCCUUGUCUACAUCUUCCUCAAAGACCACGCAGGCAAUCGCGUCUAUGGAGACGCAACUCUGUGGUGCUGGGUGACAACGGAAUGGAACAUACUGCGCAUUGUAACAUUCUAUGCACCCGUGUGGAUUCUGAUUCUUGCCACCGUCUUCAUCUAUAUCCGCGCCGGUCGCACCAUUUAUUACAAGCAUAAGCAAUUGCACGAGUUCAGUCCGUCCAGUUCAGACCCUGUCUCUGUGGCGCACACCGAGACAAUGACCAAUCUCAAGACGACAGAAAUAACGUCCUUCUCGGCCCUCAAAAACUACCACACCAUCUGGCGCCGUGGUCGGUUCAGCACGGCGAAGAAACCACGAAGUGAAUACGGCCUCAUGGGCAUACACCAAGUGCGCGAUACUUUUCUUCACCGCGCUGCUCAUCACUUGGAUCCCUUCGAGCGCUAA